AUAAAGAGAGGAGGAGUGGCUCCGCUCGGACGGUGGAGUUGUGUGUACACUCGCUGUUUUGACACACAGAGGGCGGGUCAGGACGGCGGCGAGGCCUGCGGAGGACGACUCCGAAUCAAGAGUGUGUAAGGAAGAGAGGCGGCCGCUCGGCCGCCCGGUUUCCCUGUCGGAGCUGUGAGCGGCACAGCGCUUCCAGCGAUGGAGACGCCGGCGGACGCGGAGGCCGGAGAGCGGAGGAGGGAGCACUGGAAGCUGCUGUCCAGCCUGAAAACCACAGUGGAGGGACUGCUGUCCACCAACAACCCCAACGUGUGGUCCCGCUACGGGGGACUCCAGCGGCUGCACAAGGACGUCAACAACAUCCUGAGCCACGGGCUGAAACACGAGCAGGUGUACAGCAAGCAGAAGGACUACUGGCGCUUUGUGUGGUGCGUGCGGCUCUUCAGCCCCCACCUGGCUGCACACGUCGAGCAGUUCAGCCAGCUUGAGCCUGCUGUGGGUGGUGGGGGCGUGGCUGCAGUUGAGGGGGAGGGUCACAAGGCAGAGCACUGGCUUCUGCACAGCCUACAGGCCCACUGCCUGUCCGCCCAGCUCCGCCCCCUGCUUAAGCACCAGGCCAACACACGCAAGUUCUAUAGUGAUGAGGCCUUUGUGCUGAGUGAGCCCCAUGUUUCAGCCAUGUUCCAGUGCCUCGAGGCCGUGGAGCAGAAUGACCCUCGGCUGCUGGCGCUUGUAGACACGGGAAGAGUAAGGCCAUGCCAUCUCCUGAGCUUUGAUCCUGACGGUUCUUUCGUCUGCUCAUUCCCGGCCCUGUCGUCUGCAUGUCCACAGCUGUCGUCUCUGAAAGAGCUCCCGUCAGGACUGCUCAAGAGCCAGAGCCUGUGUAUGCUGUCGGGGGCAGGGUUUGGUAUCGGGAUUUCCGGUUUCCAUGGCAACCAGCCCCACUGCCGCACCCCCUCCCAGUCCUCCCUGCGGGAGACUCAAGGUGCCCACACAGGAUCCCCUCUAUCGGACAGUCUGCUUGGUGCCCCCUGGGGGUGUGUCUCCAGGGAUCAGGGGCCCAUUGACCCUGCCAGCUCCCCGAUGCCCCCCCAGAUCACUUUGACGGAGACCACCUCGCCUUCCCCUCUCCCGAGCGACGGGGCCGACUCUGCGCCGGACGCGGACCUCGACGAUGGCCCAGAAUACCUGGCUAUCGGGAAUCUGGGCCGGCAACGAUGGCGGCGAGACUCGACGAGCUCCGCCCCCGCUGCUCAGAGGGAGGCUUCGGCUAUUCCCCAGGCCACGCUCUGCUCGACCUCCCCCGCUUCCCUGCUCCCCCGUCGCUCCUCGUUCACGGAAGGCCAGAGUUCAUCCAGCCAUGUUUGCAAGGGACACAGCAGGUCCCUGUCGGACACGGGCGUCUCCCGAAGGCACGGUCAAGGAGGCAGACACAGGAACAUCACGGUUAUAGUAGAGGAGCCUACAGCAGAGUCUGUGACUGACGGAUGUGGAGCAAAGGAUUCUGGGACCUCGAGUGGCGAGAGCAGCACGCUGGGCUCUUUAUACAUGGAGUCCGAUGGCUCACAGCAGAACGGCGCAUCAGAGAGCAUGUUUCGCAGGCCGUCCAAGGGUCAAAGUCUUAUCAGCUACCUGGCGGAGCAGGACUUCGGCAGCUGCGCGGACCUCGAGAAGGAGAACGCCCACUUCAGCAUAUCGGAGUCCCUGAUUGCCGCCAUUGAGCUCAUGAAGUGCAACCUGAGCCGGCGGCACGAGGCUUUUGAUGACGAGGGUGAGGAAGACAGCGACUGCGAGAUCCAGCAGCUCAAGCAGAGGAUCCGCCUGCGCAGGCAGCAGAUCCGCAGCAACCGCAGUGCACAGUCGCAGUGCGCUUUCACCUCCACGGACAGCGGGUCUGGCCGGAGCUCCCAUAAUUCCCUGCACCCCUCUGACUCCAGUUCUGCCGAGGAGGUGGAGGAACACGAGCUGAAAGAUGGCAGCGAAGGCGGCUCCUUGAUGGUGGUGUCUCGGAACGGGCUUUCCCUGUCCCUCGCCUCUCUUUUCUCAGAUGCCGAGAUCAAGCGCAGCACAACGUACACCAGCAGCACAAGGUCCUUCCUGAGCUCCGAUUCCAUCUCGCCGUCCCUCCUGCAGUCCAACUCGGCCGAGUCCGUCGCCAUGGGGCUGCUGCGUCAGUUCGAGGGCAUGCAGCUGCCAGCUGCCUCAGAGCUCGAGUGGCUUGUACCAGAGCAUGAGGCACCCCAAAAGCUUCUUCCCAUCCCCAAGUCCCUGCCCAUCUCCCCUGAUGACGGCGAGCACGCAGACAUCUACAAGCUACGUAUCCGGGUGCGAGGAAACCUGGAGUGGGCUCCUCCGAGGCCCCAGGUCAUCUUCAACAUCCACCCGGCGCCCAAGAGGAAGGUGGUCGUAGCCAAGCAGAACUACCGGUGUGCCGGCUGCGGGAUUCGCAUCGAUCCAGAUUAUAUAAAGCGGUUGCGCUACUGCGAGUACCUGGGCCGCUACUUCUGCCAGUGCUGCCACGAGAAUGCCCAGGCGGUGGUGCCCGGUCGGGUGCUGUGCAAGUGGGACUUCAGCAAAUACCCCGUGAGCAACUUCGCCAGGGACCUGCUAGGGAAGAUCGCUGGGGACCCUCUCUUUAACCUCAGCGACAUUAACAGCGCCCUGUACAGGAAGGUCAAGGCUCUGGAGAACGUGCGGCUCCUCAGGAUGCAGCUGUUCCACGUGAAGAUCCUGCUAAAGACCUGUCGCUUUGCUGAAGAGCUGCUGGAGAAGUUUGACAGUGUCCCGGGCCACCUGACCGAGGACCUGCACCUCUUCUCCCUCAGUGAUCUGGGGGCUGUGCGCAAGGGAGAACUGGCCCCCCGGUUGCAGGAACUCCUUCGACUGGGAUCUGUGCAUGUGGCAGGCUGCAUGCUGUGCCAGGCGAAGGGUUUUGUGUGCGAGUUCUGCAGCAAUGAAAAAGACAUAAUUUUCCCCUUUGAGCUGAACAAGUGCCGACGAUGUGAAGAGUGCCAUGCCUGCUACCACCGCAGCUGUUUCAAAGCGGGCCAGGAUUGCCCGCGCUGCUGGCGGCUAGCGGAGCGCAGGGAGCGGCUUGCCCGCCGCAACAUGGAGGAACAGGAGGACGAGGGCGGAGGCUAGACGCUGCGGAGAGACCGAGGUAGAGGCGGAGAGGACAAAAACGACAGCGAUUGUACGAUACAACAAGGAUCAUGAAGAACCGAUCACCCUUCAGCACUAUCUACUGGACACUUGAAAGUGUGCCCCCAGCUGCAAAGUAUCAUAUUUACUUUUUUUUUUUUUUUUGCUAGCUUCAAGGGCUCCACUCUGCCUGUGGUGGAAAUAUAACUUUAUGAGAUUAAACAUGAUGCUUAAUGUUUUAGUGUGCCUGAUUUUAAAAUAUAAUAUGUGUCACGGUUCUAUUUAUUUAGGUUUAUAUCUGUGUGGAAAUGCUUCCCUGACCUGCUGAGGUGUGAGCUGUUUUCGGGACUUGUAUCUGAUACCAUUCCCUAACAUUUAUUCCAAUAAGUUUUUUUUUUUUUU